AGGUCAAACGAACAAGUAUAGGGUGUAGUGAAUUAUUUGAGAGUGGAAAAUUUAUUCCAUGAGCGGCAUAAAUAAGGAGACGACAAAUACAAUGCAGCAGCCUUUUAUUAUCUAUCCGGUUACAGAGACUACAGCCACAACAUAAGGGUUUUUUUUUAACUCAAUAUCAGGGGUUUACGUGCAGAGCGAUAUUUUUUUUUUAUUGAAACGUGCAGAGCGAUAUCAUCCUGCAAACACCAACCAGAGCGUUUGGUGUUCACUGUUCACGGCAAUGGCAGGUAGGAGAGGGUUAUCAGUUAUCACUGUCAGGAUGGAACACGCUCUGCAGUUGUAUCAUCAAGACGAGGUUCAGCUACACAGACAGCACGCUGACUUCGAACAGUGCAACAAGGCAGCGCAGCAGCAACAGCGAGGCUGCGUGAUGGAAGAGGAGAUGGAGGCGGCGCUCCUGCCGCGGCCAGAGUCGCCGCUCUGCGCGGUGGACCACCUCGGCCGUCCGGCCUCACGCGGCGACUCCGGCCGUUGGCGUGCUGCGCUCUUCAUCAUCGGCGUGGAGGCGGCGGAGCGGUUCGCCUUCUUCGGCGUCAUGGGCAACCUGAUGAUCUACCUGACCGGCCCCCUCGGGCAGUCCACGUCGUCGGCCGCCGCGGCCGUCAACGCGUGGCUUGGCACCGCGCUCCUGCUGCCGCUGCUCGGCUCUGCCGUCGCCGACUCCUGGCUCGGUCGGUACCGUACCAUCGUCUGCGCGUCCAUCCUCUACAUCAUAGGGCUAGGGAUGCUCACCAUCUCAUCAGUUCUUCUGCCAUCAGAGUCUGUGGGCAGGCCGAAGUAUUCGUCUUCUGUUCCUAUGGCUCUCUUCUACCUGUCCCUCUAUGUGGUGGCAUUUGGUCAGGGUGGCCAUAAACCUUGCGCCCAAGCAUUUGGAGCAGAUCAAUUCGACGAGAAUGACCCUGCAGAACUGGCCUCCAGGAGCUCUUUCUUCAACUGGUGGUACUUCGCUGCAUAUGGUGGCAACGCCGUCACCGUGUCGAUACUGAACUACGUGCAAGAAAGCGUAAGCUGGCAGUUUGGGUUUGGGAUCCCAUGCCUUGCCAUGAUAAUUGGCCUUGUUCUCUUUGUUAUGGGGACCAAGACUUACCGCUUCUAUCCUCUCAAGAGCAGUGGCAGUGGAGGCCUGUUUCAACAAGUCGGCAGAUCGCUUGUGGCAUGGCUUGCGCCAUGGUGCGCAAAAUUACCUGAUGAUUCUCACAACUCUCUGCCAUUGUCAUUUGAUAGCGAUACUAGCAACAUCGGAAGCUCAAAUUUUCCUCAUGAUGAAGCCACGGCAUUGCUCAAGCUGUUCCCUAUUUGGGCCACAUGCCUGAUUUACGCUGUUGUUGUUGCACAGUCCAUUACUUUCUUCACUAAGCAGGCAAGCACACUGGACAGGAGGAUAGGUAGCAUAGUAGUCCCAGCUGCUUCCCUGCAAAACUUGAUCAGUGCUUCAGUCAUGGUCUCCCUGCCAAUCUAUGACCGGAUCCUCCUGCCCAUGGCCAGAAAAUACACCAAGAACCCUUCAGGCAUCACAAUGCUGCAAAGGAUCGGUGUCGGGUUGGCUAUUUCGACAGCCAUGGCCGUCAUUGCUGCACUCGUGGAGACAAGGAGGCUCAAGGUGGCUAGUGACUAUGGCCUACUGGAUAACCCUCAAGAUGUUAUUCCUAUGAGCUUCAUGUGGAUUGCCCCUCAGUACAUUAUGGUUGGAUUCUCUGAUGCUUUCGCCAUUGUUGGAUUGCAAGAACUGUUCUAUGACCAAGUGCCUCAUAGUAUACGCAGCUUGGGCUUGGGUUUAUACUUCAGCAUAGUUGGGACAGGGAACUUCAUCAGUAGCUUUCUUGUGUACACCAUUGACAAGGUGACCAGUAGCACCGGAGGAAGCUGGUUCUCCAACAACCUAAACCGAGCGCAUCUGGAUUACUUCUACUGGUUUCUUGCCGUCCUCAGUGCUUUUGGCCUGGCUGCUUACAUGUACUUUGCACAGAUGUAUGUGCAUAAGAAAAAGGCUUCUAUUUCAGCACAAUAACUGCACAGAGCUGAUAAGUCUUGCUUCAAGUGCCUGUGGGCUCUCUCUUCAUAUUGAUUAACUAGAAAUAUAACCAGGAUCUGGAUCCUGCAUUUGUCCAUCA